UCCCUCAUCCCGCUCCGCCGUCCCUCAUCCCGCUCCGCCGGCCCCGCCGCGCGUCCCCCGUCCCUCUCCGCCGACCCCGCCGCGCAGCAUGGCCGGGCUGGGCGGCGGCCUCGCCGCCUUCGGGCGCUGCACGCACGCCGUGGUGCGGGCGCUGCCCGAGUCGCUGUGCCGGCAGGCGCUGCGCAGCGCGGCGGGCCCCGAGGUUGACUUCGCCCGCGCGGAGAGGGAGUAUCAGCUGUACGUGGGUGUGCUGCGGGGCAAGCUGGGGCUGCAGGUGCUGGAGCUGCCGGCCGACGAGAGCCUCCCCGACUGUGUCUUCGUGGAGGAUGUGGCCGUGGUCUGCGAGGAGACGGCGCUGCUGACCCGCCCGGGCGCGCCCAGCCGCCGGAAGGAGGUUGAAGCCAUGAAGAGAGUACUAGAAAGUCUCAACCUUAAUAUAGUUGAGAUGGUGGAUGAAAACGCAACCUUGGAUGGUGGAGACGUCUUAUUUACAGGCAGAGAAUUUUUCGUAGGUCUCUCCAGGCGGACAAAUCAACGUGGUGCAGAAAUUCUGGCUGACACAUUUAAGGAUUAUGCUGUCUCCACAGUCCCUGUUCAUGAUUCUUUGCAUCUGAAGAGCUUUUGCAGCAUGGCUGGACCAAACUUGAUUGCUAUUGGAUCAAGUGAAGCUGCACAGAAAGCCCUCAAGACCAUGCAACAGAUGAGCGACCACCGCUACGACAAGCUGACAGUGCCUGACGACGCCGCGGCAAACUGCAUCUACUUAAACAUCCCCAGCAAAGGGCACGUCCUGCUGCACCGGGCCCCCGAGGAGUACCCCGAGAGUGCCAAGGUAUUUGAAAAGCUGAAGGACCACAUGCUGAUCCCAAUAGCCAACACAGAACUGGCGAAAGUAGAUGGGGCACUCACCUGUUGCUCUGUGCUUAUUAACAAAGCUUCAGAAUUAUGAGUUUACAGAGUCCCUCCCUUGUAACUGGCAAUAAUGUUACACACAAGGUAGACGAAUCUGUAUCCACACUUUUAUUGUUUUUAUUGACAAUCUACUGUACCACUGUGCUACUAACCCUUGUUUACAGAUUUUUUGCAUUGUGAAUUUUUAUUAUGUCCUUGCAGAUGGUAUAUAAAGUGGAUGUAGGGUUUGUUGGGAGCACAUAACUCUGAAGUAAGUUAGUCCCAUGGGCUAGCAGAAGACAAUUAUAAUGGCUAACCCUUAGCUUUAGUGAUUUAACAUAUCUGUGUGAAAAUUUCAUGAAACUCAGCUGAUAUUCUCAAUAUUUCAAGCACCUCUGUUGUCUUUACACUGUUUCCCUCUGUCUUCUUUUCUCUUGCUUCCUUGCUCUACAUGGUUUUUUUCCUUCCUCAGUCUUCUACUUUCAGUGGUGCAAAGUAUUAGGGGGACUGAAGAAAACACAGUGGGCUCAUGAACCUUGUGUGGUAGGGAAGCUUUCCAUGCACUACUGGGACAGGGGGCAGUGGAUUGUGCUCACAGUCCUGGCCACAUCACAGUGCUGCUGUGACAGCCACAGAGUUGUGGCUGGAAUCCAUUUCAGACACCAGGUACCAGCUUUGGAAAAGCUUCCUCUGAUGGGAGUGUUCAAGGGCAGUGACUGCCUGGGAAACAUGAAUGACAGAAGAAGAGAGUAGUGCAGCCACACGAGUUGUCUCCUGCAAUUCAGGUCCCAGUUUCCUGCUAAGACCAUGACUUUCAAUGUGGUGAGAAUGGGAGAGGAAUUUUUAAAAAGGCCAGAUCCUAGGAAGCCUCUGGACCACAAAAAUUAAAUGCAGAGAUCAAAAAGAAAUCUAAAGUAUGGGGGAGUUAAAUGUCUUUGUUUACAUCUUAAAAAUUGUUUCUCUUUUCUGUUUUCUCUUAAUUUGGAGGCCACUUACUAGCCAAAUUCAAAAGAAAAGGGUGAUAGAAGUAGUUGAAGGACAGCUAUUCCUGGAUUAUACCAUGAAUAAGGGAAGCUGUUUUUUCCUGGAAGAUUGUCAUUUUUUCUUUAUCUGCCCUUGGGAUGGUUUUCCUUGGAACAAUAACAAUCUUACAUUUUUUUAGUGGCAUGAAUAUUCACUGUGGUAUUCAGUUAAGGCAAAUAUAAUUUUUGUAGCAAAUUCCUCACCAUGUUUACCCACUGAGUCAUGGCAUUUUUUUUUUGGCCACUGCAAAGUGAAGCACACAGCAUUGUAUUCACAUGCUUCUUGUUAAAUCAUUUGUAAACUAAGGAUGGGAGCAAUUCCCAAACAGAGGCAGUAGUGGGAACUUUCCAGAGACUGACAAAUAGUCUGAACAUGUUAUCAGCUUCCUAGACAUCUCCUCCACCUUUCCUGAACCACUUGUGGCGUGUUGCUGAGGCACAGUAGGAAGUGAGUGAGGGGGCUUGGGCAAUGUGGUCUGCAGGAAAACAAACAGAAUUAACCAAAUGCCCACUGGGAUAUCCUUUGGAAACCUGUGAGCUGUUUUGUGCAGCCAUAAGGGAGAAAACACAAGUACUCGUGCUUGUAGGCUCUCUCUGGCACAACUCACACUGCAUCUCAGUGGUGAUGAGAGGAAAACCUCCUGGCAGCUCCCAGAGUACACCUGCUGCUUCGUGGGUGCUCUGUUUGUUGUGAUGACACCAGGUGGGGAAGAGAGCAGUGAUGAGUGAAUAUAUUGUAUGUGUAAAGAACAUGGCCCAAAGAAGUUCUUCAGCCAGCCAAACAGCAAGUGGGUAUUUUUUUUCUGUUUAUGAUUCUCCUGUCCCAAAGGGUGAUCCUAAAGUUCCCUCUUUGUCUCUUCCAUUCCCUUGCACCAUCAAUUAAACCUGAGCCACGUGAUCAGGCUCUCAGGAUGUAAAUGUUGCAGUGGGGAAUGUUUUUCUGCCUUCCCUUGGUGCUUUUUAAAUAUUUGAUAAAGUAUCACACAUUUCAAAAGAACCUGACAUUAAACAGAGAUUUUGUGCCAAAAGUGGCCCUGCAGUAUUGAGCUGUGAGCUCCUAAAGGCAAGCUGUGCUCUGUUAAAAACCUGUGCAGCCUUGGGAGCUGUCAAAGCUGAAACAGCCCCCCAUCCUGACUUGUCCAUGUGCCUCCUGGGGCUACACUGGGAGAGUUAGGCUGUAGGAUUUCCAUUUUAUUUAUUGUUAAAUAUUUCUCUAGUGUUGGUUUUGCUUUUUUUCUUCCUCCAGUCUCUCUCACCUCUCACCUGUCUCCUUCCUCAGACUCUCAUUUCUAGUUUGCUCAUCAAGGCAUGAUGAGCACUUUUCGUGCUUAAUCCCAAGUGAUUUUACCUUCUUUCCUCAGUUCUUACUUGAGUCUUUUUCUUCACUUCUCUUUCUUCACUGUUCACUCCACAGUGUCCCAAGCCAUGAUGGACUAUCCUAAACUCACUCCCUCCUUGAGUAGGUGCCAGGAGAGAGGGAAAACUGAGGGGUCUGCUUUGAAUCUGAGCAACUUGUUUUGAGCUGGAAGGAUGACAGUCAGCAGGAGCUGUAGAAUCAGAGAAGAACAAGGGUGACUCCUCUUUUAAAGAUGUCUCCAGAAAAGAAAGAACCAUUUCUGGUGACACUGCUGUUACCCUGUGUCCUUGAAAGCCAUAGAAUGUGUGACAAUGAAUUUCUCUGGUUCCCUAGGGGAGGGAGAGGAGGAGUUGGGAUUUCAGAGCUGAGAAACAGCCGUGUAGACAACGAGGUUGGUUUUUCAUCUCUUGCCAUUUAGGUUUCUUUGGUUUCAGGGCUGCAUUUUGGUAUACAGAAAGCAAGAGAGCAGCUGAGGGAUCUGAAUUCCUUCAGUUGUUGUAUUCAAACUGUCUAACUUCAGACACAAAAUUGAGGUGCUCUAAAACCACACCUGCUUUCUCUCUCUUGGCCUCAGUAGGAAUCACAGCCUCUUAACAUAGAUGCUCUAGGUUACAUCUUAGUCUGAUGCCAAAAGUUACCUAAGCUGGUUAGUGGGAUCGCCCUCACCUCACAGCUUCUCCUGUUAAUCUUUAUUCUGGCAUUAGAAAGAAAAAUAUUAUGAACACUUCAGUUUAUGUAUUUGCAGUAUGGUACUAAGAAUUAAAAUCAUGCCAAAUGCUUCUUGUUCUUGUUGUUUGCUCUUUAUUUUUCUGUUGCCCAAACAAAGAAUUCAGUUGUGAGGACAUUUCUGCAGUGACACAUGUGCAUCUAAUGCAUGUCCUGUACAUUUUGUCACCAGAACAUUUCUCAGAUGCCUGAUGUAAAUCAUCAUCCUUGAUUAAUAUAAAUAAUAAAAUAAAAUCCCAAACCAAAAAAGGAAGAUGAGACACUGAACACUGAUAGUUGCCCACAUAAAACUCUUGAUAACAACUGUCAGGCUGUGUGACAGAGCAGACCAGUCAGAAGUUCUUGUGGUAAUAGCUCAGCAGUGGGGCUUGAAUUACUCAUCAAAGGAUUUGUCCUUUCAGCAGGCAGUUCAGCUCAGUUGGAAUGAAAGAGCCCGAAUGUGCAGUAUAGAUAUUUCAUGGAUGUUAUCUUUGCUAAGAGUUUAGGGAGAUCUGUGAUAUGUGGGUUUCUUUCUUCAGCAGAAUGUGAAUACAGUGUCUCUCUCUGUAAUGAAAAUGUGAAUGCAUACUGUACCUUAUGAGAUAAACUUGAAUUCUUCCAUUUAUGUAUUUUUCCAUUUACCAUGCUAAUAUUCAGUUUUAAAUAGAUGCCACUGUGUAAAGCUAUGCUCUUGAUUUUUUUGGUGAUUUCCAUGUGAUAGGAAUAGAGCUCAUAGGCACCACUAUGUCCAGUUUUGAAAACAAAAAGCCAGUAUACAGAAUGCUGUUUGUUCACAGCAAAUUGGAAAAUAUGGAAAAAAAGAGCUUUUGAUUUUGUUCAGCUUCAAAUAUGUUUUAUCAAUGAAGUCCGAGCCAAAUUAAUAGAAAACAUCAACAUCCACAUGGAGCCAUUUGAGGAAAAUAAUUUACUAUUUAAGAUUGUCUAUUUUUGCUUUUAUCAAUAAGGAAGCUGAAAAGAUAAGCCUGCUCAAACAAUGGUAUUUGUUAAGUGAUUGUGAACAAAGUAUCAGUGGACCUCAUGUAUUUUCAGAGAAGUUUUAACUGGACGUGUGAUGUGAAUUGUAUGGAGUUGUAUGUGAAUGUGUUAGUCACUGUUUUACAUUGUAUUGUUCUGCAGUGCACAAAUGUGACUACUGAGCACAGAAGCAUUACAUUCAUUAAACUUAAUCUUGUUGCAGUAUAUAAUUCCCCACUUUUUGUGCCAAAAACAUUAAUACAUUCCAUAAUCAGUUCUAAUAGAGGUUUGCACUUUGGUUUAAUUUUUUUUGUGACUCUUGCAGUUUCAAUACUGUAUAUCUCCAUCACGAAGGAAUAAAGUGUCAGUUGUACCAUA